AUGAAUCCAGCAAAUAAAUUAGCAGGCCGUAAUAACGUACGAUUACCACCAGAAGUAAACAGAGUUUUAUUUGUUAGAAAUUUACCUUUCAAGAUUACAACAGAAGAAAUUUAUGAAGUGUUUGGAAAAUACGGACCGAUUAGACAAAUCCGAGUUGGCAAUGCAACUGACACCAGAGGUACAGCAUUUGUAGUGUACGAGGACAUUUUCGACGCCAAAAAUGCCUGUGAACAUUUACAAGGUUUCAAUAUUCUCGGUCGUUACUUGAUCGUUCUUUAUUACCAACAAAACAAGAUUACCAAAAAGAUGAAUUUACAAAAGAAGGAAGAAGAAAUUAAGGAAAUGAAGGCUCGUUACGGUGUGGAGGACGAAUAA